AUGAAGCGCCUCCAUGAUAAAAAUACAAGCGUCAUUUUCACCCUGAUUAACCUGUGGAUUGUAAUCGUGUCAUGUAAUGCCUGUUCACCCGUAUGCGACUGUGUUGGGGACUACUUUGUAUAUUGUGAUCGCCGCGAACUAACUUCCGGUCAUUUGUUCGACCUCAUAAAUGACCUUCCUGUCAAGGCUAGUUAUAUCGAUUUCAGCCAUAAUGUUAUUAAAGAGCUGACCAAUACCAUAUUCUGUCGCCAUACUGCCCUUACAAGUAUCAGCCUUGAUCAUAAUAUUAUUAGCGACAUAGAUGGAAAUACAUUUCACCCGCUUCUGCGACUGCGCAAACUUUACCUACAGCACAAUCAGUUACCUCAUUUGAAACCAGGCCUUUUCUCCCACCUGACACAACUACAGAAUCUCCAUAUUAAUAACAACUAUAUCCGACACAUCCGUGAUGGUAGUUUCGCGCGUCUAGUAAAUCUAAGGGAGCUUCGUCUAAACAGAAAUUAUCUAUACAAUGUGACGUCAGAAGCCUUUGCUGGUCUGACCAAUUUACAUACACUCGAUCUUUCCAACAACAAUAUUCAUAAAAUCAGUGACUUUUCAUUUGCUUCGUUGUUUCGUCUUCGCAAGCUGUUCCUCAAAGCCAACAGGGUUAGUAUUCUAGCGUCAAAUUCCUUCUGGAAUCUUACUUCACUGCGUGAAUUAGACCUAGGUCACAAUAGAAUUGUAUCAAUUCAUCCAAAAUAUUUGGAUCCGUUCAGACAGCACAUCCGAAUCCUCAGACUUCCAUCGAACAGACUUGUCACCCUCCAUGGUGAUGUUUUUACAGACAUGGCGUCGCUAAAAGUUUUGGAUUUAAGUUAUAAUAGACUUAAGACUAUAGAAGAGAAUGUGUUCUGGCAUCUAGACCUUAACGAACUGUAUUUGGAAGGCAAUUCAAUAGAGAUCGUGAGGAGAGAAAUGUUUCUUCAUACUCUGUCACUUAAACAUGUAGACCUAAGCCAUAACAUGAUCACAAAUAUCAGUCCCGGAGCUUGGGCUGGUCUAGGACAAUCUCUUCUCUUCCUCAAUUUAACAGGUAACCGACUGGUCGAUCUCUCGAGGAGUAUGAUGCAGGGCAUGACAGCAUUGCGCAAUCUUUGUUUGGCAAACAAUAAAAUUCUGACAAUUGAUCCGAAUUUCUUGUCAGAACUAACAAAUCUACAAACGUUAGAUCUACGUGCUAACAGGCUUCGCUCAUUGGUGGCAAGCGAUUUCAUUGGACUUUCUGUGGUACCGAGAUUACAUCUAGAAUACAACCCUCUAAUUCAAUUCUCAGGAUUUAUGUUCAACGGCGAAGUUCAUGUUAGUCUGAGUGCGUCCGUUACAUCUAAGGACGACAGGACAAUCAAUAUAACAUGGCCGUUUAAGGAAGGUAAUCAGCUCUACUGGUCAGUGUCAGUAAAAAACUUAAAUCGAACAGAGAUAGAUAAUGAUAACACAUUCUAUCUUCAAGCCUACCUGACUAACGCAAUGAUACCCGGGUUAUCUCCCCUUACACAUUAUUACAUCUGUGUCAGACCAGUGUUUGUUGAUGAAAGCGUUAUUGUGAACCAGAUCGCUUAUGUGACAACAUUGGAUACGGAUGAAUUGAUCCCACCUACCACUUUACGUGAUGACGUACAAAUUUCGAGGUCUAGUCAGUGUCGCCCUCUACUAUGGAAUGUGGUAAACCUUCUAUUAUUUACAGUCAUACUGAAGUUUUCCUUAGUCCCAUUAUCUAACGGAAUCGUAUUUGACGAUUAA